AUGAACGUUGAGAUCGAAGCUCUGCACGGGGAUUCGUCGACCGCCACGCUCCGCCUGAGCCCGGCGAUGCAAGGCCAGGCCGACAGCGCGGCGAUCGCCAAGGUCGCUGCCCUCGCUAAAAUGGAGCUCGGGCUCCCACGGGCCGCCAAACUUGGUAUCCAGAUCCAGGGCAGCGCGGUGCACGUCGAGAUGCUCAAAGGCGUCCGCUCGCACGUGAGCUCGCCCCGCCUCAGUGCGCAGCACACGUUACCCAACGUGACGGUCACCGACGUCUUUACAAAGGCACCGUUCACGUUGUUUGAAACGAUGCCGGCCAAGGCGCCCAAGACCGUGCUCGUGCUGCUCGAUGGGACGACCAAGGCGACGACGAUGCAAGCGCUUCAGGCGCAAGCCAUCGACCUCCAAGCAAAGCGGCGCGACGUGCACUUCAUCGUCCUCCAUGACGCGCCGUCGCCCGAGCAGGUCGCCGACAAGGUCGCACUCAAAAAGUGGUUUUUCCCGCAGCAAACGCUGCACCACUACCACAUCGCCGGAGACGCGCUCGCGACGCUCAAGAAGGCACUGAGUAUCUCAGCGACACCGUACCAUGUCCUUGCUGACGCCAGCCACCGCGUGCUCGCCCACGGCCCGAGCUUCAGUUUCGAGUUGUUGCAGCCGGCAGCGAUGCCAGCGGUGCCGUCGACGACCCUCUAUGUACCGCAGGACGCGUGCCACGGCAUGGUGUUUCCCAACGUUGAUGUGGUCAUCCUUCCGGCACCCAACGCCCGAUAUGCGCGCAGCCUCUUUGAGCUGCUCGUGCCGACAAAGUACACGAUUCUCGACUUUUGGUCGACGACGUGUCCCAAGAGUCCCGCGGCCAUGGAAGCCCUCGUGGCCCACCACGCAAAGCACAGCGGCGACUUGCCAUUGCAAUAUGUCCUCAUCAACACGGACGAUCCUGUCAAGGCGUGGGACCGUGUCCAGGCGCACUACAAGAACACGGCGAUUCUCAACGUCUACUUGGCGCCGUCCGAGAAGGCCACGCUCGACAAGUUCCUCGGGCUCCAGCAAUCGUCGCACUGUGUCUUGUUGCACCCGGCCCGCCACGUCAUCCGUAACGGCUCGUUCUUCUCGUACGACAUUGUCGACAUGAUGGUGCAGCCGGUGCCGCCAACGCCGCCGUCGUCGCCCACGGCGUACCUGCCCGGUCACGACGCGUGCCACGGCAAGGUGAUCCCAGACGUGCCCGUGCUGCGCCUCGGCACGCAGAUCGAGCUCUCGCUGCACGCCGUGUUGACCCGGAACGCUCUCGUUGUCCUUGACUUUUGGUCGACGACAUGCGUCAAGUGCCCUGAAGCAAUCGCGACGCUCCUUGCGCACCACGCCGAGCAUGCGCCCAUGGGGCGGAUCCAGUACAUCCUUGUCAACACGGACAAUGCGACGAAGGGCUGGUCGAUGGUGCAGACGCGGCAGUGGCACCACGACCCGCGCGUGCUGCAUCUGCACGUGUCGCCGACCGCCAAAACGGCGCUGCAGGUCUUCCUCGGCAUGAAGCAGGUCCCGCACCACGUGUACCUGGGCCCGGACCACGCCGUGCGUCUCAACGGCAGCUUCUUCUCGUACGCCGCGCUGGACGCGCAAGUUCCGGCGUCGCCGACGGUGUACGUGGGCCAUGAUGCCUGUCACGGCAAGGCCUUCCCCAAGAUCCUUGCCACCGACAUGCGCACGAUGAUGCCGGCGGACUUCACAAGUCUUCUUCCGCGCGGCCGCACCGCCACGAUCCUCGAUUUUUGGUCGACGACGUGCGUCCAAUGCCCCGAGGCCAUCGCGACAUUGUUGGCGCAGGCCGCAGCCAACACUGACAAGACCGUGCAGUACGUGCUUGUCAACGCCGACGACGCCAAGCACGGCUGGGCCAUGGUGCUCCGGAACGGCUGGGCCACGCUACCGAACGUGACGCACGUGCACGUGACGUUGCCUGCGAAGGAAGCGCUCAAGCGCUUCCUGGGCAUGAAGCAGUUUCCACACCACGUCGCCCUCGAUGCGGCCAACAUGGUCGUGGCCAAUGGCAAGUUCUUUUCGUACGCAGGUGGCACCGGCGUCGCCAAGCCGCGCACAGUGUCCGUCGCAGCAACGCUGUCGCUCGCGGCCGCCACGCUCUCGCCAGUGGCGGCGACGUCGACCCCUGCAUUCGUCCUCGACGACGAUUUUUAAUCUGCUUGUAAUUCUACAUUCCUGUACUUUCGCCAUA